UUGACCGGGUAGCAUAUAGUUUUGGGCUUUUUAAUGCUUAUUUUUAUCAAUAUGUGCUUUUUCUUUUUAUUAUUAAAAAUCACGUGACAACAUAGGGAAACUCGAUUGGUCAUUUUCUUAAUAUUAUUUUUAUUUUUUAGAGAAAGGUAUUUUUACCGGCCUUAUUGGUCUUUUUUUUAUUAUUUCUUUUAGAGACGGAUAUUUUUUACUCGGCCUUUACAUCCAACCGGAUAUAUGCAAACAUUUAAAUUGCAAACAUCCAAACUGAAAUUUGAGGUCACUUAGUAACCACUAGGCUACAUAUCUUUUUGCAGAAACCAAAACCAUUAUUGGCCAUUUAGAACUGGUCAAGCCAAAAUUCCAUCUUCCCAAGAAACCAAAAAACUAAAGCACCGGGUGGUAAUAUAUAGUUAUGAAGUACUGAGAGAGCGAGAACACAAGUAGCCGAUCAAACACUUCAGAGUCCGCCAGUCCGGCGACCCCAUGCCGGCGACGGUGAGGCCAUAUAUCUUUCCGGUGACCACAUCAGCUCAUCGACUUAGUGUCAUCAGGUCAGGAGAUCUUGUCAACCUCUGAACUGACCACAGCUUCUUGCUGGCUUCACUCCUCCCUUUCCAAUCCAAGAAACAUGUCUCCUGGAAAUCUCUUCGCCGACUUCACGGUGCUGGUGGUCGUGGUGCUCGCAGUUGCCGCACCACCGGUGUCCGGGCAGCGCUCCGUCUAUCCCAGUGCCAACCUCUCGACACUGUGGGUCAAAAACAAAGUCCUUGACAGCGUCCCAUAUGAAGAUGGGUUGGUACGUGCCAUAGUCCUCCGAUCACCACAAACCUCCGAUCUCUCAUUUGCCGCAGGGUUCUUCUGCACCCCACCCUGCCAAGAAUUCAUCUUCGCAGUCUUCAUUUUCCCUGACACAGAUUCUUUCCCGGUAAAUAAAAUGGCACGGGUUGUCUGGUGUGCCAACCAGGCAAGCCCUGUAGGAGAGAAUGCUACCCUUGAGCUGACUGGAGAUGGCGACCUGGUCCUCCGUGAAAAAGCCAAUGGCAGACUCAUCUGGUCGAGCGGCACUUCAGACCAAUCCGUGCGACGCAUGGAGAUCACUGAGCAAGGCAACCUUGUGCUGUUUGGUCAGAGGAACAUGACAGUGUGGCAGUCAUUUGAUCAUCCCACCGACGCAUUGGUCCCAGGGCAGUCACUGCUGCAGGGCAAGAUGCUCAGAGCAAAUGCCUCCCCCACAAAUUGGACUGAGGGUAAGAUAUAUAUAACUGUUCUCCGUGAUGGUGUACAUGGUUAUGUUGAAUCCACACCACCACAACUAUACUUUAAGCAUGAGCUGAGCAGAAACAUGAGCCAGAGAGAUCCAACAAGGAUUACCUUUACAAAUGGCAGCCUCAGCAUCUUUUUGCAGUCCACACAUCCAGGAAAUCCAGAUGAAAGUAUCCAAUUCCAAGAAGCUAAGUCCACCCAGUACAUAAGGUUAGAGUCUGAUGGGCACUUGAGGCUGUUUGAGUGGUCUCGUGGAGAACCAAGCUGGAUCAUGGUGUCUGAUGUAAUGAAGGAAUUCCUACAUGUUGAUGAUUGUGCUUUCCCAACAGUGUGCGGGGAGUACGGGAUAUGCACAAGUGGGCAAUGCAUCUGUCCCUUUCAGAGUAAUUCUAGUUCACGUUACUUCCAGCUAGUUGACGAGCGGAAGACUAAUCUUGGUUGUGCACCAGUGACACCAGUAUCUUGUCAAGAAAUCAAAAAUCAUCAGCUCUUGACUCUUACUGAUGUUUCUUACUUUGAUAUGAGCCAAAUCAUCAUGAAUGCAAAAAAUAGAGAUGACUGCAAGCAAGCCUGCUUGAAGAAUUGCUCAUGCAAAGCAGUAGCGUUCAGGUAUGGUCAGAAUGAUUCCAAUGGAGAAUGCCGGUCAGUGACAGAGGUAUUCUCCUUGCAGUCAAUACAACCUGAAAAGGUUAAUUACAACUCUUCAGCUUAUCUAAAGGUACAGAUUACUCCCUCUUCUGACCCUACACAAAAAAAAUUGAAGACAAUUUUAGGUGCUACACUUGCAGCAAUUACUACUCUUGUUUUAGUUGUUAUUGUUGCUAUAUAUGUACGAAGGAGGAGGAAGUAUCAAGAACUAGAUGAAGAAUUAGAAUUUGAUAUAUUGCCUGGAAUGCCAACGCGGUUCUCUUUUGAAAAGUUAAGAGAAUGCACCGAAGAUUUCAGUAAAAAGCUUGGCGAAGGUGGAUUUGGAUCGGUCUUCGAAGGAAAAAUAGGUGAAGAGAGUGUAGCGGUGAAACGUCUGGAAGGUGCUAGACAGGGAAAGAAGGAGUUCUUGGCAGAGGUCGAGACUAUUGGCAGCAUUGAGCACAUCAAUCUUGUCAGGCUAAUUGGAUUUUGCGCAGAGAAAUCAAAUAGGCUUCUGGUAUAUGAAUAUAUGCCAAGAGGGUCACUUGAUAGGUGGAUAUAUUACCGCCACAACAAUGCUCCUCUUGAUUGGUGCACAAGGUGUAAGAUCAUUAUGGAUAUUGCCAAGGGUUUAUGUUAUCUUCAUGAGGAAUGCAGGCGAAAAAUUGCUCAUCUGGAUAUCAAACCACAGAAUAUUCUUUUAGACGAGAAUUUCAAUGCUAAAUUGGCUGACUUUGGACUUUCCAAGCUAAUAGACAGGGAUCAAAGCAAGGUAGUGACAGUGAUGAGAGGCACACCUGGAUAUCUGGCACCUGAAUGGUUAACAUCGCAGAUCACUGAAAAAGUUGAUAUAUACAGCUUUGGAGUUGUUCUCAUGGAAAUAAUAAGUGGAAGGAAAAAUAUUGAUCUCUCACAGCCCGAGGAGAGUGUUCAGCUCAUCAACCUAUUACGAGAAAAGGCUCAAAACGAUCAGUUGCUUGAUAUGAUUGAUAAGCACAGUAAUGACAUGGUGUCACACCAGGAGGAAGUGAUUCAAAUGAUGAAGCUUGCAAUGUGGUGCUUGCAGAAUGACAGCAGCCGGAGGCCUUCUAUGUCAAUGGUUGUCAAGGUAUUGGAAGGUGCAAUGAGCGUGGAGAACUGCCUAGAUUACAGUUUUUUCAAUGCAAAUUCAGUAAUAUCUGCUCAAGGCAACCCAUCUACAUAUUCGGCUCCACCUCAAGAAUCAAUACUAUCUGGUCCAAGAUGAAAUGGGUGGCUAAUGAUUACAGGAAAAUCAGGUUCAUGUACUUUACCUUUUAUUACUACUUUUAUAUUUUAUCUUUUUCGUUCUUUGAGAAGUAUAUUUCAGAAAGCAUCAAAAGAAUACUUUCUGGCUAUUUUGGAUUUUCGGUGAUGUUCUGAGUAUGUCGUUAAAAACAUUAGCACCACUAGUACAUGUUCUGAAAGCAAUGUGGGCUUUGAUUUUCUAAUA